AUGCUUUGCAGAGAAUUCACGUUCCGCAACGAAACCGGUUCUGGAUUUGCGAAAGAGGCUCAUUUUGAGGGGGAAAAGAAAACGUGGAAGAAUUCUCGUUCGUGCUUGUCCGAGCACCUCGGGAGGAUGUUGAAAGGUGCGGAACAUUGUUUCCCGAAUCCCGACUACAGCUCCGCGCACGAAUCAACAAUAUCAUGGGACAUUAACGACCCUAAAUUGCCUCAGGAUGUGCAUCAGUUGGAUAGUUUCCAGGAAUGGACGGAUUCCUACGUGAAAUUUAUUUACAGCGCUGAUGAUAAAAAUGCGCAGAGACAUCAGAGUGGAUGGGCCAUGAGAAACACCAACAAUCACAACUGCCACAUCCUGAAGAAAUCCUGCCUUGGAGUAGUAGUUUGCACCAAUGAUUGCUCACUGCCUGAUGGGAAGAAGAUGUAUCAGAGACCUGCAAUCUGUGACAAGGCACGACAGAAACAGCAGAAGAAAUGUUGUCCAAACUGUGGGGCAGCCUUGAAUCUCGUGCCUUGUCGAGGGCAUGGUGGCUAUCCGGUCACCAACUUCUGGAGACAUGAAGGAAAAUACAUAUUCUUUCAGGCUAAAGGUGUGCAUGAUCAUCCGAGACCAGAGACAAAGACAGAAGCUGAAGCAAGGAGAUCAAUCAACAAAAAAAGACCAUAUGCUGAAAAUGGCUGCUACAAAGACAAAAGGGAACUGCAGGUAAGCUGGCGAUUGGUGUUAAUGCUUGAGAACUGUGAAUGGAAAUGUGUAUAGUGAUAGUGAGAUCAAAGUACUUUACCAUGGGAUAAGGUGCAAACAUGAAAGUAAAGGGCAAAAAAAGCCACCUCCAACACUUAGUGUGUUGCUCCAAAUUGCAGCAGCUCAGGUUGGAGGAGCAACACUGCAUAUUCUCUUCAUGCUAAAGCCUCCAACCCUUUAGCAAGAAUAUCAAUUUCUCCAAGUUGCCCCCUUUCCCUUUCUAUUCCCUAUUCUAGCCACCCUUCUGCCCUUUUCUUCCCCUCAUUUGCCCAUCACCUCCCUCCAGAACUUUUUUUCUUUCCUUUCUCUCAUGGUCCAUUCUCAUUUUACUUCAGAUUCCUUCUUCUAUAGUCCUUUACCUCUUCCACCUAUCACCUCCCAGUUUCUUACUUUCAUCCUCUCCUCACCUGGUUUCCCCUGCCCCCCAUCUUCUUAUUUUGGCUUCUUCCUCUUCCUUUCCAGUCCUGAUGUAGUCUUGACCUAAAAUAUCAACUCUUUAUUCUCUUCCAGGGACGUUGCAUGACAUGCUGAGUUCCUCAAGCAUUUUAUGUGAUUUCCAGCAUCUGCAGAAUCUUGUGUUUAUGUUAUUCAGUCUAUUUUGUUUCCAUUAGUUACUAAAACUUUGUCUUUCUUCUGCUCCAGUCAUUGACAGGGACAAUUGAAUGUGAAGGACCUCAGCCAACAUAUGCCUCCAAUGGUAGAGGCAUUUUCUCCAGUCUGUACGUCAACGCAAAUCUGGAGGACUGCAUAGCACUU